GCUCGACGGCCUUAUCACUCGCAAUCAGCUUGACAAAUAUUGUGAGAAUUCCAAUAAUUCUUAGCUUCAGUGUUGAAAGCAAACUGGAAAGAGCAACGUUUAAACAUUAUUAUUGUUGAAUUCUGGACUCUGAACAUCUAGUCGAACGUUCAAAUGGAAACUCCAAGUGAUACAGCUGUUGUAGGCCCGUUUGUGGGAGCCAUUGAUGAGGGCACCACCUCGGCCCGCUUCAUAAUAUUCCGCGCUGGCACUGACGACAUUGUCUGCUACCAUCAGAUCGAGGUGCCCUCUAUAUUCCAGAAGGAGGGCUGGUGUGAGCAAGAUCCCAUGGUUAUAGUGAACACCGUUAACGAGUGCAUCGCAGGAGCUACCAAGAAGCUUACCUCUCUCGGUGGACAAAUCAAGGAUAUCAUCACGAUUGGAAUAACGAACCAGCGGGAGUCUACCGUAAUUUGGGACCGGAACACAGGCCAACCCUUGGCUAACGCUAUAAUAUGGCUGGACAAUCGCACUACGAGUACAGUAGAGGAGCUCCUGGAGGCCAUUCCCAACAAUGCCAGAAAUAUCAACUACCUGCGCCCCCUCUGUGGAUUGCCGCUCUCUCCGUACUUCUCGGGAGUAAAGCUGCGUUGGCUACGGGACAAUGUCCCGACGGUCAAGGCGGCAAUGGACAGUGGAGUGGCAAUGUUUGGAACCAUCGACACUUGGCUGAUGUAUAACCUAACGGGUGGCAAGAAUGGCGGUGUCCACAAGACGGACGUGACCAACGCUUCGCGAACGAUGCUGAUGAAUAUUGAAACCCUUCAGUGGGAUCCCAAUCUGCUGAAAUUCUUUGGGCUACCCAAGACCAUCUUGCCAGAGAUUUGUUCCAGCGCAGAGUUUUAUGGCAGCUUAGCGCAGGGCGUUCUCAAGGGGACAAGUAUAACUGCGGACUUGGGGGAUCAGCAAGCAGCGCUCGUCGGACAACAGUGUCUUUCUAAAGGUCAGGCCAAGGCCACGUAUGGCACUGGUUGCUUUCUGCUCUAUAACACGGGACCGUCCAUUGUGCACUCCCAGCACGGACUGCUAACGACAGUGGGCUAUCAAUUGGGACGGAAGGCCACUCCGUACUACGCUUUGGAAGGGAGUGUGUCCAUAGCUGGAGCUGCUUUUAAUUGGCUGCGCGACAACAUUGGUCUUAUUCAAAACUCCGGGCAGAUCGAGGCUAUGGCUGCCACAGUGGAUAACUCUUUGGAUGUCUACUUUGUGCCGGCCUUUAACGGAUUGUACGCUCCUUACUGGAAUCAAGAUGCCAGGGGCGUCAUAUGUGGGUUGAGUGAGGAGACCACCAGUGAACAUAUUGUCCGCGCCACACUGGAGGCGGUCUGCUUUCAGGUCCGCGAUAUUCUCGACUCUAUGCACAAGGAUUGCAAGAUCCCACUGGCCAAGCUGAUGGUCGAUGGGGGCAUGACGGUUAACAACCUGUUCCUGCAGCUGCAGUCGGAUUUAGUCGGAAUUCAUGUGCUUAGGGCCAAGAUAGCAGAGACAACAGCGCUGGGCGCAGCAAUGGCAGCGUACAAGGCUGUCGAGAAUCGGUAUUCCAUGGAGGCUCCCCUUUCCAAAUCAGGACCCAGGGAACCUGUCAAGCCGACGAUAGGUUCUACUGAACGCAAUCUUCGCUACCAAAAAUGGAAAAUGGCCAUUGAUCGAUCCCUGAACUGGGAGACCUCCACUCUGCCCCAGGGCGAGCGUGAGGCUUUUGAUGGAGCGUAAGCGACUCGACUCAAACACUGGCAAGAGAACCAACGGGAAGAUUUAGAUUAGCACCUGCAAUUGUCCUAAAGUAGAGUCUUCUGCUUUCGUCUUUUUAGUUUUAUUGCAUAUAAAAGUGUUGAUGAAAAAUGUAAAAA